GAUGAAUCGCGUGCGUUGUGACGUCAGUGCAUCUGCUUGCAUUAAACGAGGAAGUCAGAGAUCCGGUAGUUCCCCUUUACUCUAAGAGAACUAUUAGAUAGUUCGGUUAAAAACCAGUUCGAGCUUCGCCAUCGCAUGUUCAGAAAGUCUAGCCUUUUCAUGCGUUUCCCGUAUUUAAUGUUGAGCUCGUGAUCAUAUUUUCUUACCGGAACUAGUUGAAAACUCAAAAAAGGUGAAAGCAGACAACAGGAUGGAUGUUACUCACCUGACGGAGGACGAAAUGGCCGAUAUAAAGAAGGAAGCCAUAGACAGGUUACGGCCGUACCUGGUGGAUAAGAUCAUCGCAGAGCGCCACUUUGAUUACUUGCGCUCGAAGAAAAUCCUGACCAGAGAUGACACAGAAGAGAUCAGCUGCAGAACCACGAGAGGGAGACGCACCAGCAAGCUGCUGGAUAUCCUGGCAGAAAACCCUCGGGGUCUAGACAUGCUCAUCGAGUCCAUCAAAUGGGGCCGAACGCUCAACUUCAUCAUCGCGAAGAUCACUGAUGAGGUGCAGCGCGUGAAAAAUGAGCGACUGGAAGCUUUAAAAGCAGGGUCCUCUGCAAAUUCAGGUUAUUCGAGCACAAAAGGAGCAAGCAAUGACUUCUCCAAAAUGGACCCGGAUUAUGACAAGUACUCCACUAUAUGCUAUCAUCCCGAAGGGGAAGGAAGUUCAUCGUCUUCUGUGGCUACGGGAUCCUUUAACCUGCGUUACGGCUCGGGUCGAGGGAACGAGGCUCUGUCGGUCUGCGGAGGUGCUGGGAGCGUGACCGUGUCCUCCACCGCCUCAUCAAGCCUGCCUAAACCUGGAGACCCCGGAGCUCCGCCGCUGCCCGAGGAGCCCGACAUGGACGUCCAGGAUAUAGAUGCUGCUGUUUGUGGAAGUACGGGGAGUAGCGGGGAUGCUAUUUUCCAGCCGCUGCGCUCACGUUCUUUGUUUCCGAUGUCUCACGUGUCGUAGCGCAACCUUUCGACGUAAUCUCUCAUUCCAUCAAUGUGUGAGAUGCAGAACAUUCUCCAAAACAACUGUCUCUCACCAGCACGGUCACACUGCAGAUCUUUUCUGCUUGUUAAAUUUGCUUAAUUAAAAUGAGUUUAUGCUGAACAUUUUGUUUCUACUUACUUUAAAUGUAUCCAGUCAUGUAGAACUGAAUUUUGCUUCAUUUAGUUACUUAAAGCCUUUAUUUAUAAUGCGUUAAAAAGGGAUUCAUAAUGUACGUUUUAAUGCAUAAUGUAAUUUCAUAAAUAAUUGUAACCAAGUUAAAAUGCAUUAUAAUUAGUGCUGUCAAUCGAUUUAUUUCAAUUAAUUGCAUCCAAAAUUAAAAAAA